CUGACUCCGAAGAGAAAACUAUGGCAGAAGAAGAAGCUCCAACUCCCGCCGCCGCUCCGGCGAAGUCCCCGGCGAAGGCCGCCAAGAAGAAGGCGACACCCAAACCGAAGAAGGCCGGACCGAGCCUCCGUGACCUCAUCGUCGAGGCCGUGUCCGCGUCCAAGGAGCGCAGCGGCGUGUCUCUGGCCGCCCUGAAGAAGGCUCUGGUCGCCGGAGGCUACGAUGUGGAGAAGAACAAGACCCGCGUCAAGGUCGCCAUCAAGGCGCUCGUGGCCAAGGAGACCCUGGUCCAGACCAAGGGAACCGGGGCGUCCGGCUCCUUCAAGAUGAACAAGAAGGUCGAGCCCAAGGCCAAGAAGCCGGUGAAGAAGGCCGCUCCCAAAGCGAAGAAGCCCGCAGCCGCCAAGAAGCCCAAGGCCGCGGCCAAGAAGCCGGCAGCCGCCAAGAAGUCCCCGAAGAAGGCGAAGAAACCCGCCGCGGCCAAGAAGAGCCCCAAGAAGGUGGCCAAGAGCCCCAAGAAGGCCGCGAAGAGCCCGAAGAAGAGCCCGAAGAAGGCCGCGAAGAAGGCCGCACCUGCCGCCAAGAAAGUCCCCGCGAAGAAGGCGGCGGCGGCCAAACCCAAAGCGAAGAAGACCGCAGCGAAGAAGAAGUGAGCGGCGACCGGUCCGAUAACAACGGCUCUUUUCAGAGCCACACACCUUCUCUGAGACAAACAUAUUCAUACAUUCAAUAUUUGUUUGAUCAAAAAUGUUCGGAAUCGUCUCAUUAAUGGUGAUUAAUUAUUCAUAUAUUGUUUAUAUAUACUGGGGUCCUCUCUGUUUUUCUAGGCACUAUUUUUCUUUGAAUUGUUUGUGUCAACAAUAAUUCUAUUCCUGCCACUUAUGAUCCAUAUUUCCCCACCGCAUCAUAAUUGCAGAUGGUUAAACCUGGAUACAUUUUAAUGUGUAGAAAUUCAAAGGACGUCACCUCAACUAACCCCAAUCGAUCAGCUGGUGUGGUGAAGCAGACAUUUCAGUGUUGGAGGCUUUUUCACCACAUUUAAGCUUUAACCAGUUCUAAAAUCACCAUCAGUCUUUCUUCCAACACUGAAGAUGUAACUGAUCGUAAAUGUUAUCCAAC